UUAAAAUUGGAGUCCUUUGUUAUGGAAAUGAUAGAAAGAUGGAGUGAUGAAAAAGGUGAGAAAAUAGCUAUGGGCAUCUGUUUGCAUCUGAAGUAUUUCAAAAUCAGAAGUACAUCUUUUAUUCUUGAUAUGACUGUUAUUAAAGAUGAAUGAAUCUAACAUCAAUAUUUAUUUUUCAUUUCCAGUCCUUAAGGGCAUUUACCAUUCACAAAACAGUACACCCAGUGUUGCUGUUCUAGUUCCAAAGCAGGAACAAAAAGACAAUGUAUUUGUACAGGCAGUUUCCACAAAUGGCUGCUGUACAUUUUUUGGAAAAGAUGACUGUGUACUUCAAGCUGUGGAGGGCAUCUAUCACCUGAGAAAACUUACACCCAGCAGCGGUGUUCUAGUCCCAGAGCGGGUACAGAGAGAGGCUGUGUUUGUGCAGACAGAUUCUACCUUUGGCUGUCGAACAUUUUGGGAAAAGGAAAGCAGUAUUGAUCAAGGAUUUGUAGAAAUCCCUCUUGAUGAUGAAAAAUUAGCUCCGACUACAGAGGGAAAAGUGUCCAAGCCCCAAAGGAAAGCUAUACUAAGUAGGAUGAAGAAAAUAAAAUAUUGGAUACUCACAAAGCUGAGACAGUUAAUCCGUUACUAA